AUGUUUAUUUUGGCAUUUGCCUUCAUGACAUUUUAUGGCACUACUCUUAAGUAGAAGUGGAUAUUUUAUGGAGGAUUGAUACUAAUGCUUUCAGGCUUUUUAAUUAUUUGUAUGAUAGUGGUAAAAAAUGCAGUUAUUAAAGUCCAAGAGCAUCCAACAUUUGAUAUUCUAGUGAAUUAAGAUCUAGAAUGUUAUUUUGAUAAAAUUAACUAAGACUUAGGAGAUCGAGGUAUGCAAUGGAAAGUUAUGAUAGGGCAUUAUUGGCUUGAACUUACUAUAAAUAGGAGACAAUAGAUAGUUGAUGAAGAAGUAGAAAUUGUAGACUAAGAAAGAGAAACACCAAGGACAGAUUUCACUCCUUUAAACUUCAAAUAAUCAGGACAAAAUAAAAAACAGAGAUAAACGAAAAUAAGUUCAUAGAAUAAUGAAAUUAGGGAGAUAAUUAAUUAAAAACGCAGAGUAACCUUGAUUGUUAUGUAAGAUUAGGAUGAUGAAUUGUAUUAAGCUGUUUAAGCAUAGCACGAUCAACGCAACAGAUCAAAUCUGCAAAAAAGUAACAUAACUUUAGAAACAUAAGAAAAAGUAGAUGAUGAUAUUUUGGAAGAAUUUUAACUUAAUUAGAACAAUGGAAAUUAUCAAUUAAAUUUUGAUGGAUCAAACGAUUAAUAAAGAAAUUAGUAAAAUAUAGAUAUUAUCUCAGAUGAUGAGGAAAGUAAUCAAAACUUGAAUUAAUCUCGAAGAAUGUUAAUUAAGAAAUAAGAUGAAGAAAUUCAGAGAUAGGCUGAAUUAAAGCUAAAAGUCAUUAGCAAUCUUUAAAAAGAAACCUGA